UACGGUGGUUCAUGAUGCAUGAAAAAGAGGUGUACCUUUUUCAUGGUGUGAUAGAGAAGAUGGGAAACUUUUAUGUUAUAUGUCUUUAUGAAGUUUGGUUGGAGCUUCCAGAACUGCAAUGAAGCUUACUUCUUAUUUAGGGAUGGAUCUCAAACAUCCAAAUUACAGGAUAAAUUUAAUAUUUUAAAAUAGAUAUGCAUAUAAUUUUGUGUUAAUAUUUAGUUAUGUUCUUAAGUACAUCAUGAAAAUAAGAAUGAUUUUUUUUGCAUUGUUUGCUCCCUACAACGAAAAGUGUGAAAAAAUUAUCUGAAUAUUAUGUUGCAUUGUUCGUAGAGUGAAGUUUGAAUAUAUAAAUGUAGAUAAAUAAAGUGUCGAAGAUAGUCUAACAAGCGCGACACUAAAACAAUAUAUGGAUUUGCAUAACAAAUUCUAUAUUCUAUUUAUUCACAACCGAAGAAAAGACAAAAUCACAUACUAAUAAGUAGUAUUCGAAUCAACGCCCAAUGGCCGUGUUUCUUGUACGUGCAAGUCUUAUGGCUUUCAUCUCUAUCUUGACUAUCAGACGUGUAUCUAGGGAUGGUAAUGUAUUGUGAUUCAAAUGCUUCUUUACAAAAUGGGAGGGCUCAAAAAAAAAUUAGUUCAAAAUGAAUAGAAAUAAGUCUUGACCCUAAUCCAAUCUUAUAUAGGGUAAAAUUUAGAGUUCAUUGUUACUCCUACGUAUACCACUACCAUCCCAUGAAAUGAUACAUGCUGGAACUUUAUAUCAUUAUCUUAAAGAAUGUUUAAGAUAAUUUUAAAAAAACAUGUUUAGGGUUUGUACAUAAACUGUGUGCAGAUUCACUCUUGCCAUGUGCCAUGGGGGUGUCGUGUGGUUUCGUGUAAACGGCCGCUUUGAAGAGCGUGCCAAAGAAGUUGUUAGUUGGGACCCUGGCCCCACAAAAAGGUGACUUUCUUUUUCUACUAGCAUUUUCUUGCCAACCAAAGAGAUGGAAAAGCAGCAGUGACUGACUCUGCAACGUUGGCUGCUCUCUCUCUCGUGCAGUUGCGGCGGCGCGGGGACACAGAGCGAUUGCGAGUCGUCUCCAAUAAAUUUGUCGCGUCCGGCGAUCCAUCCGUCUUCCCCCUCCCUCUGCCCUCGUGCUCCUCCCGUCACCCUCGUCUCCACUCCCCGUGACGACCAGGAAGGAAUUCUUCCUCCGUCCCCGUUCGCCCCGUCGUCUCGUCGUUUUCUCACCUGCGUGCUGCGUUCGCGGACAAAGUGUGGGAAAAUGAAAACCUGAGCGCAAACAAACACUCUGGUAUUGUACUAUAUAGAUUAUUAUAAGAAAGAGGGAAUGGUCUUUGCCUCGCAGCUUCUUGGUUGGUGACUCGGCGGAUCCUGAGCCAGAGCCUCGCAGGAGGGAGAGGGGGGAGAGCGGAGGAGAAACCACCUUUCUUUCCGUUCCAGACAAGCUCCCAGCUUUGACCGCCGCCGCCGCCGCCGCUGUGUGUGUGUGCUCCCUUAGUAGUUAGUCCCUGUCGCGUCCCGGAUCGGAGCUCCCCUCCGUGCACGGGACACCGCCGGUCCGGGCGUCUCCACUCCCCCCCGGAUCGAUCAGCUCCGCCUCCGCAAGAUAGGCAAGCAAUGAGGUGCCUGCCUUUCUUGCAUGGAGACACCAAAGAGAAGGAUCCAGUCACUAAGUCGGCCUCUCUACGGUCCAUGAGCACAACAUCAACGGAGCGCGAUGUCCGCUCCGGUUCAGACUUCACCUCCUUGAAUGUUUCCGACAUGAGCGCCGAGUCGAUAAGGAGGACGCAGUACCCCAGCUUCACUGACCGCCCGUCUAACCUGAGGGUGUUCUCCUUUGCUGAACUGAAGAGUGCCACCCGCAACUUCAGCCGGUCUCUCAUGGUUGGCGAGGGUGGCUUUGGCUGUGUGUACAGGGGUGUCAUCAAGACCUCCGAUGAACCGAACGAACGAAUUGAGAUCGCUGUUAAGCAGUUGAAUCGUAAAGGACUUCAGGGGCAGAAGGAGUGGUUAACAGAGAUGAAUGUGCUUGGAAUUGUGGAUCAUCCAAACCUAGUUAAACUUAUAGGCUACUGUGCUGAAGAUGAUGAGAGGGGAGUACAACGGCUUUUAGUGUACGAAUAUAUGCCUAAUGGAAGUGUGGAUGAUCACUUGUCGAGUAGGUCAACUUCUACUCUGUCAUGGCCAAUGAGACUAAAAGUAGCUCUUGAUUCUGCUCGGGGACUGAAGUAUCUGCAUGAAGAAAUGGAAUUCCAGGUUAUUUUCCGGGACCUGAAAACAUCUAACAUUUUGUUGGAUGAGAACUGGAAUGCUAAACUGUCAGACUUUGGUUUGGCUAGGCAUGGACCAGCAGAAGGUCUGACCCAUGUCUCCACAGCGGUGGUCGGGACUCUAGGCUACGCAGCUCCAGAGUACAUGCAGACUGGGCGCCUGACCGCGAAGAGCGACAUAUGGAGCUACGGCGUCCUCCUGUACGAGCUGAUCACAGGCCGCCGCCCCAUCGACCGGAACCGCCCAAAGAGCGAGCAGAAGCUCCUGGACUGGGUGAAGCCGUACAUCUCGGACGUGAAACGGUUCCCCAUCAUCGUCGACCCGCGGCUGGAGGGGCACUACAACCUCAAGUCCAUGACGAAGCUGUCCAGUGUGGCGAACCGGUGCCUGGUCCGGAUGCCCAAGUCUCGCCCCAAGAUGAGCGAGGUGUACGACAUGGUGCAGAAGAUCGUGGACUGCGUGGGGACCGGCCCGCCGCAGCCCCCGCUGCUGCACUACCACGGCUCGGCCUCUGAGCCUGGCCCUGGCGACAAGCGCGCCAGGAAAGGGUCGGUGAAGAGGAGGAGGCUCUGGGAGCUCAGGUUCGGCUGCCGGCACAUCGUGUGGCGCGGCUGGAAGCCUGCGAUCGUGAAGGACAUCUGAGGAGGGCGGGGUGGCUCCGGUGCUUGCAGAUCCUGUGAUCACUCACCAAGCUGACAUAAGGAAAGUGUGUGAUAGCGUAGUGAUGUUGGCAUGGAAAAGGGACUGGAAUAUGGUUGAGAUUCAGACUAGACGUGACCUGGGAUGCUGCCACAGGCGUCCAAUCCGAAAGAACCGGCGGCCUAUCCUGAGCUCACAUUCAGAACGAUGCGACGGCGAUGAUGGGUGACUCCGGCCAUUCACCCAUCCUCUUGUCCAGCUAGCGGAGGCGGCCUUUUGUUUGCAUUGCAACGCAUGGCUGUGUGUGAAUCCAGCUUCCUCAAAAAACCUUUCUUUGCAAUGCAAUGCAAUGCAAUCGAGUGGUGGUUGUUUUUCUUUCUCUUCUUCUUCUUUUUUUUAAAAAAAGGGGGAGAGAGAGAUAAAUAUUUGCUCUUGAGAAAGCAAUGUCAAUGGCUGGUGAGAUGCAACGCAUGGAGGAGGGUGAAAAUGUUUUUUUUUGUUGUUGUUGUUUUCUUGAAAGAGAACUAACUUGCUCGGCCUCCGCACUGAUAUUCCCUUCCUCACGGAUCGACGUGGCUUCCGUUC